AUGCCUACGAAGAGGCUUAAGACAAGGUUGAAUCGAAAGUGUGGGGGAAGCAGGCGACAGGUUCAGGCCCAUUUCGAUGGGCUACGAAAGAUGAGGCCAAUAAACGCUGAUAAUUCAAGAGAGCUAGAAAUAUUUGCUGACAAAGUGGAGAGGACUGUGGUUUCUUUAAAGGAAAGUAAGAAGUUUGCUGACCUGGAAGGGGGAACAUCGUAUGCAAUUGUGCUGGGAAAACGUCCACAAGCUCUUUACUUAGCCAGUACUACCGAUGGAUUAAAGAGAGGGGAAGUAUGGAUGCUUUUGACGAGCUGCGUCACUCGGUUCUUGAGAAGGCUGAGUACCAGGUGCAAGCAUCAGAUAUUAAGCAUGUUUCUUCCAGUGUUGGAAAUGCAUAAGGGAAGAGCUCAAGAAAGUCUUCUUUUAAUUCGGUACCGCAGACGAGACACGUGUUCGUCCCUGUAA